UUGCUUUGCUAUGUAUCAUCCGGGGAAUCUGCAUCAUAAAAUGGACGAAAGUGUAAAUAUUGGAAUUACAGCAGAAAAAAAUAACGUGGGAAACACUGUUACGUCAGAUAAACAAAAUGCAACAAUAAUUCCAUCGGACGAAGUUAAGAAUUCUGCACAAAGUGGAAAUAAUGUCAUAACCAAUACACCCAAAGAUAGGUUAGAAAACAUCCGAAAUUUACCUGGUUUCCAUAACACGCUUGUCGGUAUGAACGUAGACCAACACAUGGAGCCACCAAAGGCUAAACGCCUUAAAUUGGCCUCGCCAAACGGAUCUGUUCCUGUGACUGAUCCUAUGGAAUCAGCGGAAAUGGGGAAACGAAGACGAAUACAACAUGACUAUAGAAGAUUGUCAAGUUCAGGUUACUUGGACGAUUAUGAGACAAGUAGGGAGAGGCGAUUUUCUUCUGAUUCUGAUGUGGCUUCAAAUUCACCAAGUCCAAAUAAAUUGAAAGUUACAACUCCUCCGGCUAAUGGGAAAGAGCCAGAUUAUUCGAAACUGCCUCCUGUCAAACUUACUCUGAAAAUUUCUAAAGCAGAAAAUGGAAUGUUCGUUAAUGGCAAUGCAAAUGUACCUACACAAGAAGCCGCAGAUGAGUCUGAAAAGCACAAGAAGAGGCACAAAUCCUCUGAAAAUGGUCAUCAUCAUCACCACCACCAUCACCAUAAGGAAAAGACCCAUCAUCAUAGCAAACAUUCUCAUAAGAAGGCAGAUAAACACAAAUCUAGCAGUUCAGAUAAAGAUAAAUCACAUGAAAAAUCAUCAGAAUUCAAGGAAAAGGAAAAAGUUAAAGAUGGCAAAGUUGGAGCAAAAAAGCCUCAAGAUUUGAUUAAGGAUACCAGUAAUAAUAAAUUAAGUGUACCAGAAAGCUGUAAAAAUGAUGAAAAGAAUGCUGGCUCUGUGAAAAUGAAAGAUGUCAAAUUAGGGCAUGAAACAUUGACUGCCAAUGUAAAAAUAAAAGACGUCAAAUCAGAUGGAGAAACAAAGCAGGAAUCAGAUGCAGAAAAAGUGAAAUUUAAAGAGGCUAAAUCAGAGCAAAAACUUAAAAGUGUUGGUGAGUGUAAAGAACUUGAUUCAGAUGAAGUUAAGCUUAAUGAAAAUAAUAAAAUCCUUGUCAAAGAAAUUUCCCCUAUCCAAGAUAAUCAUUUGGCAGACACAAGUGCUAAAAUAGUGAUAAAUGCAGAAACUCCUACUGAAGUAAAAUACACGGGAGACACAAAUAAAACAGAUGAUACAAAGAAAAAUCCAACAAAGGCUGAGAAUUUCGAAGCAUCAGAUGUAAAUGAACAAGAGAAGAAAGAUAUUAAAGUUGAUGUUAAGAGUACAGCAGUAAUGUGUAGCAAGAAAGAGCAAUAUUCAGAAACUGCCAAGCAAACUAAACAUUUAGAAGAGACAAAGUCUAAGGGAAAUGACUUGAAAGAACAGUUAUCUGAGCCUAAAGAAUUGGCUAGUAAAGAAAGAAUAGGAUUGGUAAAAUUGGAAAAUGUUGAAAAGUCAAGUACAGAAGACAAAAUGGAAAAAAAAGAUUCAAUCAAAGCAUCAAUUGAGCAUAAACAAGUAAAAGAUAGCUUGGACACUAAAGAUGAUUUUGUUUCAAAUAUCGGAAAAGAAAACAAAACAAUUUUUAAAGAAAAUACUGCAAAAGAGACUUUUCAUGAGGGAAGCUUGAAUUAUCAAAAGGAAAAAAGUACAGUUAAACAAAAGGAGGAGAGUGUUGUAAAUAAUCUCAAGGAAGGAAACAUUAAUAAACCAAAGGAGGGAAGUGUGAAUAAUCAUAAAGAUAAUAGUGUGAAGAAAAACACUGAGGGAAGUGUGAAUAAUCACAAUGAGGGAAGUGUGAAUAAGCACAAAGAGGGAAAUGUGAAUAAUCUCAAGGAGGUAAGUGUGAGAGAAAACAGUUCAGUCAGUAAAUCAUCUGAUCAUAGUACAUCUCACAGAUCAAAGCAUCACAAACAUCAGCAUAGAGACAAAACUGGAACAAAACCAUCAUCAAGCCAUGACAGUAAGUCAAACAGGCAUGAACAUAACAAGAAUGAUAGUAAAUCAGAUCACUCCCAUCAUAAGAAAUCUAGUUCACAUCAAAAAUCAUCAAGUUCUGAUACUUCUCAGCGAUCUAGUUCAAGCAAUACCCAGAAAACAAUGUCUAGUACCCCACAAAAGUCUGAACCCCGAUCAAAAACUGAUCACAGUGUUAAAACUGUCUCCAAAGACAGUUCUGAAAGAUCUCCACAUAAGGAGGCAAAAGCUAUCUCAAAAGAUCCUCAGAAAUCUGAAGCAGUUAGUAAUAUAAAUAAAUCAGAGUCUUCGUCAUCAGAUAAACACAGAAGGCAUCAUAGAAAAAAGCGUAUUGUUAAUUGUGGUGUUCAGGUUAAUCUAAGGAAAAAGACUGAUACUAAAUCUUCUCAGGUGCCUGAAGAUAUUGGUGGUGUAUCUUCAAGCAAAGUGAUAGAGUCUCAGAAACUGUCAGACAAAAAGCUUCAAAGAAUUGCUUAUGUUCAGCAAAGUAUGAAUAAUGUUCAGAAAGGUGGUAAACAUGCUAAACCUACUCCAAGGACAGGACUGGAACAUCUUGGGGAAGCAAUGGAGCAGAAUAAUGAUCAAGUCUUCUCAGAGUUUUCAAGUGAAUCUCAGGGCAACAAGUUUUGGAAGACUCAAGUGGCAAGCAUUGAGAAAUACAAAUAUAAAAAACUGAUGCAUGUUGAAAAAUACAGUAAUGGUGGUGGUCUCAUUCUGCAUGCUUACCAAAAUGAAGUAGAUAAACUGAGUGACACUGAAAAAGUUGAAUUUGCACAGGAAUUUAUGGAUUUCACAUAUGGAGAGCCGAAUGAAGGUGUGGCUAAUUGUUGUAUAUCAGUUGUUCAUGGGGCUAUUAGUCAUAUGCCAGACCUUAUAGAGCACUUUGCAGACACUUAUCCUAAUCUAACGGUGAAAGCUGGUGUUCUUGGUAAAAGUGAUAUAGAAACAAUGACUAUGGAGAAAUACAGGGAACAAUUACAUAAAUCAUUCUCUGCUGGGACAUUUCGAUGUGGGCCUUUAUUACAGGUCAGUGUAGUUGGUACUGCGCAGGAGGAGGUUGGUGAUUAUUUUCCCGAGGUUCUAGAUAUGUUUGAGAGUGAUCCAUUCCUAAAUCUUGUUAUGCCCUGGGGUGAGUUGUCUUCGGUGAGAAUGGCAUCUCGAAAUAUGAGUAACGAUGGACCGAUAUUGUGGACAAGGCCAGGUGAACAGCUGGUUCCGACAGCUGAUAUGCCUAAAUCACCAUUCAAAAGAAAAAGGGGAAUGAAUGAGUUAAAGAAUCUACAGUAUUUACCAAGAUCUUCAGAACCGAGGGAGACGAUGGUGGAGGAUCGAACCCGUUGCCAUGCCGACCAUGUUGGUCAUGGCUUUGACAGGCAUACAACAGCUGCUGUUGGCAUGCUGAAAGCUGUCACAUGUGGAAAAAAGCCAUUAGAGGAUCGUAUAGUGAAAGAUGUGAUCUGUUUUAAUCCUGGUGACUUUAUGCAUCUGGUUGAUAAAUUACAACUAGAUCUUCAUGAACCCCCGGUCUCACAGUGUGUGACCUGGGUUGAAGAUGCCAAGUUGAAUUAUCUACACAGGGAGGGAAUCAAGUUUGCAAGGAUACAACUGCGAGACAAUGACAUUUAUUUUAUCCCUCGUAAUGUGGUUCAUCAGUUCAAAACAGUCUCUGCAGUGACGAGCGUGGCCUGGCAUGUUAGGUUGAAGAAUUACUACCCCGAAAUGCAGAAUGAUACAGAAUUGCUUGAGGAGCAUAAAAGACUUGAGGAAGUCAUGGCGGAAAGUAGAAUCAAAGAAAGAGAGGAGAGAAUAAGGAAAGAGAAGGAGAAAAGAGAUGCAGCAAUAUUGGCAAAAGAGAAACGUCUAGAAAAGUUGAAAGCCAAGCAUGAGGAAGAGUCGCCAAUGAAGAAAAUGAAAGUUGACAAGACACCUAUCAAAAUUGAACCGAAAGUCAAGUUCCAGGAUGAAAUGAAAACUGAACAAGAAAAGAAAUUUGAUGAAAAUUUUGACGGUAAUAGUGAUGUGAAACUUAUUGGGACAUGUAUUCCAGAGGGGAGUGUUGUUACUGAUGCAGUUUUAAAAGGGGAAGUAACUCCAAAAAAGAAGACUUUACUAGUGAAAACAGAAUCAGUUGAAAAAGAGGUGAAAGUAGAUGAGCAUGCUAAAAAUGCUGAAUUCAUGAGGAUUCAAAAACAGCAUGAAAUUAAAGAAUUAAUCAAGCAAAGGGAGCCGGUUGCACAGGAAUUAUUUUACAUUGAAAAAAGGGAUGAGUCGGGAACUAGUGAAAUACCGACCAAUCAAAUGUCAUCAGAGAUCAGCAAACCAUCCGAGCCAUCCAUACACAUACAACCUAUUAAAACAGAGGCAGCUAAACCCCAGGAAUCUCUGAACAAUGAAGCAGACGGUUCUGCUUUAGUAAAAGACAAUGAAACAAUGGCAGCUAAAAAUAUCUCGCAAAAUGAGAGACCGAUCAAAGAAUAUGUACAUUCUAUUGACAAUGUGACCAAAGAUGUUGGUCAAGUAACUGAAGGUUUUGCUAGGUUACCAGUUAUAGCGCCACCUAGUGUUAAAACAAUUGAGAACAAGGGAGAUCAUCAGGUUUUGGAUUCUCAAGCAGAUGAGGAUUCUACAAAUAAUGCAAGAGAAGAAGUGGAGGCAACUAAAACACAACCAAUGGACACUACCUAGAUAAUAUGCAGAGUAAUUGCAUUAACCUGCUGAAUCUCUUCAUUUGGAUUUAUCCAGUUUCCAUUCAUAGAGCUGUCCAUUAUCAAUUCUAGGGAUAUCAGGAUGAAGGUUUAAAGUAAGUGGGCCAUCAGUAUGGAGCCUGGUCAGACUAUACAGGUGUGAAUGCUGGCCUGGCUCUAUACUGGUGGCUAAAGCUAGUCACCUUAAGUUCCAGCAGGGUAAGGGGUAAUAUAUCAUGAUUUGAGAGACAUUGUUGUGAAUAGUUUUCAUUUUUAUUGUCAUUGUUUUUUUUAUGCCUUAUUGUUAUAUAUUGUUAAGUGAUACAAUUUAUCUCUGUUCAGAAUAAGGAAUACUAUAUAUCUUCAAAUUAUUUAGUGCUUUUUAAGUUAGCUUUUUCCGUGAAUGUUUUAUUACACUGGCAAAAACCUUGUUUCAUAAAUUAAAUUUCUUACAUAAAAAAAUGAUUAUGAAAAAAGUUACUUGCUUUGCUGCUUGCAUUAAUUUUGUUCAAAUGAGCAUUUGCACUUAGUGAAACAUAUUUCUCUCCCAUAUUGAAAUAAGGUUAAUCAUUUCGUAAGUCAUUAUUUUAUUUAUAGCAUAACUCUGUAUUACACAACUGUGAAUUUGUUAGUUUGAAAGUUAUUUGACUAAAAGGUGCAUGUAUGGAUCAAUUUAACAUAUGUAAUUUUUUUUAAUAACCACAAAAUAUUUGGAAAUCAGUCUUAAUAUAUAUUUAAGUUUGAUAGACAUAUAGUUAACCUUUACACGAGGCAGAAGCCAUUUAGCUUGCAUAUGGAAUGUGGGUGUUGUAACUGAAUUGGUGACUAAGUUCUGAAAUAUUUUACAUAGGAGCUUUAUUAAGACUGUCUUUGCCAUUCAAGAUUGAAAGAUGACAUUUGACCUCAACAACUUGUUUGUUAAUAUAGAAACCCUUCUAAAUUUAGCGAGGCUGGUAACUGUUGUUAUUUGUAUAACCAGUUACAACUAGAUUUAUGUAUGAUUUUUACACAGCCUAGAAAAAUUA